CGCAUUUAGUAUUUGUUGUGAGCGGACGUGCUUUUUUAUAGGUUCGCUGCGUACUCUACAAAAACCUACCGAAUUUGUGAUAAACAUUCCAUUGGCCGCCAGAGUGCAUCGAUAAGUUAGCAGCUAUUUCUGACCAAACGCUACGCACCCUGCAAACCCGUUUACAGCCCAACAACAAACAUUAACAUGUCGUCGAAUCGUGCUCCAAAGAGUGGCUUUGCCGCCGAAGCGCAGCGUAAGAUAAACUCAAAGUACAGCGAGGAGCUGGCCCAGGAAUCGCUGGAAUGGAUUAAGGCUGUGACCGAUGAACCCAUCAAUACAUCUGGUGAUACCGAUAACUUCUUUGAAGUGCUCAAGGAUGGCGUCAUCCUGUGCAAGCUGGCCAACGCCUUGCAGCCCGGCUCCAUCAAGAAGGUGAACGAAAGCAAAAUGGCCUUCAAGUGCAUGGAGAACAUUUCGGCAUUCCUUGAGUGCGCCAAGAACUUUGGUGUGCCCACACAGGAGACAUUCCAAAGUGUCGAUCUCUGGGAGCGUCAGAAUCUCAAUUCUGUCGUCAUCUGCUUGCAGUCUCUGGGUCGUAAAGCCUCCAACUUCAACAAGCCAUCGAUUGGUCCCAAGGAGGCGGACAAGAAUGUGCGCCAGUUCAGCGAUGAGCAGAUGCGUGCCGGUCAGAAUGUCAUCUCGCUACAGUACGGCUCCAACAAGGGUGCCACCCAGUCGGGCAUUAACUUUGGCAACACCAGACACAUGUAGACACAUAAAGAUUUCCACACCUCUUCUUACACACAUACACAUACACACACACGCAAACAUUCCGUAAUAAAGCCAAAUCCAAAACCCGA